UCAUCACUUACAUCAUAUUAAUUUCGAAAUGUUUUAAGCGACAUUAGCUUUCGUAUUCCCUUCUAGUCCAUUCGUACUCACAUCUUUCCACUACUCCUAGAGUGGUCCAAUAUCAAUUAUUGGCUAUAAAACGCCUCACUCAUCCAGUCCUAGACAUCUUCUAGGUGGGGUGUAAAUUUGGAAAUGAAUACAAUCUUUUUGUAUAUAUAAACUCCAGAAUCCAACUUUGCUCCUCUAACUUCAUUUUUCUGUGUUUGGUUGCUCCACAUAUAGGCACAAAAGUAAUAUAGUUGAACAAUGGCAAACCAAAGCUCUCUACCACUCUACGAAAGAGUAAACCUUAAAAACAGCAAAUUUCAAGCAGUAGAACUUCUGCUCCUCUUCCUUCUCUUCUCGCUCCUCACCUUUCACUUUCUCUCACUAAAACAAUAUGGGACUCCCGCCCUUAUUGCCUUUUUAUGCGAGUCCUUCUUUACCUUCAAAUGGAUUCUCGUUCUCAAUAUUAAAUGGAAUCAAAUCAAAUGCAUGGAAUAUCCUGAUCGUCUCUUGAAACAGAAAACUGAGCUACCAGCCGUGGACAUGUUUGUUACAACUGCCGAUGCUGAACUAGAACCACCUAUACUGACUAUGAACACUAUAUUAUCAUUGUUAGCAGUUAAUUAUCCAGUUGAGAGACUAGCAUGCUAUAUAUCAGAUGAUGGCGCCUCACCUUUAACAUAUUAUGCUCUUGUUGAAACCUCAAAAUUCGCCAAGAUUUGGCUUCCAUUUUGUAAGAAAUAUGAUAUCAGUGUUAGGGCUCCUUUUCGAUAUUUUGCUACCUCCUCCAAACCAUCUCAAGAAGAUUCCUUCGAGUUUCAGCAGGAAUGGAAAAUGGUGAAGGAUAAGUAUGAACUGUUAUGCCAAAAGAUUGAGGAUGCGUCAACUACGUCUGCUCCUUGUAUAGAUUUUCCAGAGAUGGACAAAAAGAAUCACCCUGCCAUAGUAAAGAUAAUAGCUGAGGAGGAAGGUAUGCCCCAUUUGGUGUACAUCUCGAGAGAGAAGCGUCCAAAGAAGCCACAUCAUUUCAAAGCUGGAGCUAUGAAUGCUCUGACAAGAGUAUCAGGAUUGAUGACAAAUGCACCAUUUAUACUAAACGUAGACUGUGAUAUGUAUGUGAACAAUCCACAAGUUAUUCUUCAUGCUAUGUGCAUGUUUCUCGGCGUCGACAAUGAAAGAGAUUGUGCAUUUGUUCAAUUCCCGCAAGAAUUCUAUGACGGCAUAAAAGAUGACCCUUUUGGAAACCAAUAUGUUGUUUUGGUCAAAUUUUUAGGGCAUGGACUGGCAGGAAUUCAAGGACCAAUGUACGGGGGAACAAAUUGUUUCCAUAGAAGAAAAGUUAUAUACGGGCUUUCACCAGAUCAUAAUAUUACCACUGGUGAACUCAGUGAUCUGGACUUGCGAAGAAAGUUUGGAAAGUCAAGUAUGAUGAAGGUAUCAGCUGCCGAGAUUCUAUCAGUGUCACCAUCGUCUAAAGGUGCACUUUCGAGCUUCGUCGAAGAUGCACACUGUGUUGCAGGUUGUGACUAUGAAUAUGGUACCUGUUGGGGGCACAGAGGUACUUUAGCUUUUCUCUACAAAAUUUCCAUUAAGUUCUCACUAAAUCAAUACUAUGUUGGAUGGAGAUAUGGUUCCCAAGCAGAGGAUGUCCUAACCGGUCUUGAAAUUCAUAGAAAAGGAUGGAGAUCUAUGCAUUGCACGACUGACCCAGCAUCAUUUCUGGGAUGUGCUCCAUCCACUGGACCUGACACAAUGAUCCAAACAAAAAGAUGGGCCACUGGGCUUCUUGAAGUUCUAUUCAGCUCUAAGAGCCCAAUUACAGCUACCAUUAACGGAAACCUUCAAUUCAGGCAAUGUCUUGCCUACAUGUGGGUUUUGAGUUGGGGUUUAUGGUCAAUUCCUGAGUUAGUCUACUCUCUUCUGCCUGCAUAUUGUAUUAUCUCAGGCUCACACUUCUUGCCCGAGACGUAUGAACCGGCUAUUGUCAUUCCAGUCGCAGUUUUCUUGAUAGGUAAUAUAUACACACUGUCUGAGUACCUUAGAAUCGGCUUGUGUACUCGUGCAUGGUGGAACAACCAACGUAUUGCAAGGAUAAAUUGCACGUCAUCGUGGUUGUUUGCACUUUCUACAGUCUUCAUGAAGCUCAUAGGUUUAUCUGAAAGCGCAUUUGUACUUACAGCAAAGAACGCAACCACAAACAGUGAUGAAGUCGUGAUGAAUAAAGAUGAUGGCAAAUUCACUUUCAAUGAAUCUCCAAUCUUUUUACCCGGUACCACUAUAUUGUUAGUUAACUUGACAGCUCUGUUGUUCGGGAUAGUAGGUUUCCUAGCGACCACUCCCCACAGCAACGAAGUCAGGAUAGGAGAGUUGCUGUGUACUUUAUGGGUAUUUCUAUAUUUUUGGGUGUUCUUUAAAGGAUUGUAUGGGAAAGGGAAAUACGGAAUUCCAUCACUGACUAUUCUCAAGUCUGGAGUACUGGCAUUAAUGUUCACCCACUUCUGCAAAUUGUCGGAGAAGGCUUGACAGGCAUGAAGUGAUAGUUUUUUGUGGGUUAUAGAUGGUACUAUUAAGUACUAUUUAUGUUUUACAAUUUAUUAGAGAGUAAAACGGGGAAAAGAUUGGUGGCCUUAUGAGGACUGAAAGCGUAUAAAUAUAUCAUUCUGCAAGUAAUUGUACUUACUUUCAAGAUUUAUCUUAGCCGAUACUCCUCUGUAUAAAAAGGGUCACGAGUUUUGUCUGGAUGAGUACUUGCAAUUGUAAAUGCAAUUCCCUGUGACCUGUCUCAGCUUCUGGGCAUCUGGCGCUGCAAACAGAGUCUUCUGUUUCGUAAUAUGCAAAGUAAUCUUACUAGCUGGGAACUGAUUGCAUCUUUAUAAAGAUUGAUGUAUUCUGUGUAGGGCAUGUAACUAAGCGGCCAAUUUUUUCCGUGAAUUAUAUGGAACGGUACGUAGAGACGUCAUUGCUUGCAUCAUCUUGAUUCUUAAUGAAUGCAUAUCAAGCUCCCUAAUGUGUUAAUGACUCGAUGGAUAUUGAGCUUUCCUGAUGUGUUAAUAGGUUGAUGCAUAUUAAGCUUCCUUCUUGACCUCACAUAUGGAUCUCUUUACACUCCUUCACUGUGGUCCAUUAUCAAUAAUUGGCUUAGCUCACUUAUUG